CAACAGAAAGCCAUUAUUGACCGAGUCAUUUUCCUCCAGGCUGUCCAAUGUAGAUCUGGACCCCACAAAUACUAGCGACCAUCAGGUGGCGCAAAGGAAUAGACGUGACGAAUUCUGAACGAAUUAAGAGGUUUAUUUAUUUACAUCAUAAACGAGCAGCCCCGCAGGAGAAUGUGAACGCGUCCUGUCCAUCCUCCUCCUCCUCACCACCAUCAUCAUCAUCAGUCCAGAGAGACCCGCGCUUGUUAUUAAAGCUCAGGUUCGCUUCACUCAUCAUCAGCUGGACUUAAUGAGUUAGUCAGUGAUUAAAGAGCCUGUGUGCUGCUGAUGAACUGGACUGGAUUCUGUCUCUUCACCGCUCUGCUCUUAAAAUGGAGUUUGUGGAGAGGAAGAGGAGCAGGAAAUCUCCGAGCUUUAAACUGGUGAAUGAUGCAGAUUUCAGCCAUGAAAUGGGUGAUGUAGACCAGAAUGACACUGCAGGAGAUGCCCUGGAUGCUUCUGAGACUGAAGUCUGGUUAGGUGAUGAAGGGAUGGAGAUAAAGAAGCAGAUAACAGGCAUGAUGCGCUUGCUGAGUGACAAGACAGGACGAGUGUACCAGCGGGUCGGACGAGAGGGGGAGACCCUCAAACAGGAGCCUCAGGAAGAGGCUCUCAGCCUGCCUGUGGCUCAGAGCCCGGCCCCUGAACAUCUGCAGUACGGCUGGAGCUCAGUCCCGAUGACUCAUGGGAAGUACGGCACCCGCUCCAAAACCCAGAGGAUGCUCAACCACUCCAAAGCUAAUGACAUGGCCUUGCCCCCUGCGCCUGCUGCCAUGGCAACUGAGCCCAGCUGCUGUAUGUGCAACUGCAAGAGCACCCUGCAAGCCAUUCUGCUGGAGUUACGUACCAUGAGGAAACUAAUCCAAACUCAGAGAGGAUCCCAGGACAAACAGGGCUCUCAGGUCUUGCUCUCAUCCCGAACCUCCAUCUCCAGGAGGAGGAGCCGAAAGAGGAGGCCGGGUCACAGAGUUACAGUUCUGACCAUUCCCACUAAAAGAAGCACAUCUCCGUUGCCACCCGCUGAGACCGAUGCUGUUAAUGAGUGUAAUCAGUCAAGAGAGGACACGCCCCCACCACUGACAUCAUUUAUCCCAGAUCCCAUUCCCAGUGCUAAGAUUUCUCCCUCUCACUACAGCGUCACCAGAGGCCAAAGCACCACAGAGCCGGAGGUGCAGUUGGCCGAGGAUUUUGAGGUAUUUAUUCCUAAAGCACAGUUGGACUCUAUCUUACUGAACUACACUCGCUCUGGCAGCCUGCUCUUCAGGAAACUGGUGUGUGCGUUCUUUGAUGACGCCACACUGGCAAACUCACUGCCCAACGGCAAGAGGAAGAGAGGUCUGAACGACACCAGGAAAGGACUCGAUCAAAACAUCGUCGGAGCCAUUAAAGUGUUUACAGAAAAGUAUUGCACAGCCAAUGGAAUUGAGAAGCUUCCUGGCCCCAGAGACUGGGUCCAGAUUCUGCAAGACCAGAUUAAACUCGCACGUCGACGCUUAAAAAGAGAGACGGCCUCAGACAGUACUGAUAUUCCGCACAAGACAGAGAAAUGUCAGCAAACUGUUGAUAAAGUGGAAACUGUGAUGCAAAAUGGUGCUGCUUUUGAGAGAACAGAAUGUCUAGUUGCUAUGGACACUGCCUGAGAAGAGUUUGUUUUUCAACAAAAUGCAACCUCCGACCCUCGCAAAGGAGUCAUUUUUAAUUGUUUUGUCCGUCUAGACUGUAGCACGUAUGGAGAGACGCGGCUUUGAAAUUCUCACGGUCAGCUGCGCAACAGACAGAAAAUUAGUUUGGAAGGAAACAGCAACGUUUUGCUGAUCAGUUAGUGUUUUUGACUGCUAUAGACACCUUUAUAACACAAGUAUUCUCGUUUGAUCAUUUUAAAGUGGGUCGUCUGUCCCAGAUGUCACUAGUUGUCUUCUAUGAAUUUCUGGAAGUGUUUGGAGUUUUUCAGCUUCAUCCAAAUGCAUCACCAACAAAUAUCAGCAGGACUGCUGAGAAAACAUGACUGUGCCUUUAAUUCACUCUGCCAUGCCAAGCAACAAACUGAUGUCAUUUCACGAUUGUGCUGUUUAUUGACACUUUCUGGUGAAAUGUGCGGCAUUUUCUAUAUAUUAAUAGUACUUAAUGUUAUAAUUGCUGCACAUAGUCUUACUAAUGUGUUGUUGGUUAUAUAAUCUGGCAGACUGGUAAUGUAAACCUGUAACUGUUUGACCUCCUGUUUAAGAGGAUUUAGUGUCUAUUGAAUGUGUACACAUGAGUGAACAUUGUCCAUCGUCUGUGUAACAAAGGGUUUUUACCUCAUGGUCAAAUGCUUGAAUAACUAUUCAUGUUAAUAUCCGGGUUAAAUACAAGUUAAGUUGUUUGGACAGCAUCUGGUUUCCGUUUGUAAAAGCAAUCAUAUAAACGCACAUACAGAAAUGCACUUACUCUCUACACCUGGCCCAUAGACUUCCACUGUAAGUGCAUAACUGUCAACUCAAACUGAUGUUUGCUUUUAUGAACUGAGAUAUGAGUCAAAAGCGAAUGCCGCUGAUGCUGUUGGUAGAGCGUAAAGGGAAAUAUUCCUUUAAGAGCACAAAUGUUGUGUCUGUGCCUCCUUUUUCAUAUUCCUGUUUAAAAAGAUCAACUUUAUGUUUAUUAGUGGAAAGUUGUUUGGUCCGAGAUGCCAAAUAAAUAUGGCUGUGUCCUUACAUGGUUGACCUAAA